GCAGGGGUGCGCGCGUCGGUUGCAUUUUGUCCGGUUGUUGUGGACUCAGGCGUCUACGAUAAACUACCAAACAGAAGGUGUGAAGAUGGAAGCCCAGUCUGGCGACCCGUCCGAGUGCUACGAGUUUGACGCCCCGUCUCAUGUUGUGGAUUUCAAAGAGCUCGUAAAUGCUGAAACCGACGACAACUGGUUUGAUUGUCAGGCCCAGGGAGCAUGUGGCCAGCUUAUCACCCCUCAGAGACCUGCCCAGCACGCUAAUGAACCCGUGGUCGACGUAAACCCUCAAGUUGGGAGAGAUGAGGACUCUGGUCAGAGCGAACCCACAUCUCUGUCCUCAAACAUCGUUACAUCCUGGGGACCGGAACCUAAGAAUCCUGCCCGACCAAGGAGGAGGACGGCUGCCGAACGCCCUGCACAGCCACGCAGGGUUUCAAAACGUAAAGAGGUGUCCAGCGGUCAAACUGCACCACCAUUAAAGAAACAAAAAGAGAGUGUUAAUCAAAAAUCCGGAAAUGGGCAGCUCAGUGUCAGACCUGGAAGCCGCAGGAGUACACGCCUAAGCAGUGCAAGGAAGACGAAGAAGAUCCCCGAGGCAAAGUCCACCUCCUCACAUGCAGACAAUAGUAAUUUGGGUCCAAACAAGCCGAGCAGCACUGAAGAGCUGGAGAUGGAGCGCAUCAGAACCCUUCAGAGGGAGGUGGCUCUGCAUCGCAAGAAGAACGAGGCCAGCUACAAGGCUGCUCUGGCUGGCGAUACACUUCCAAAGAAGAUGGUCCUGUCUACGACUGUGCCUAAAGACUUCCACUUCACCACAGACACUCGCAUCAAAGCGUCUGCUUCAAACACAGCGCAUAAGGAAGUGGACUUCAUCAAUCAGCUUCGCAAGCCUUCCUCCCCAGCGAAGGCCAGGAAAGGAGCCACGGUGCCCAAACCCUUCAAUCUGUCAACGGGCAACAAGAGAAAGGAGGUGGAGUCAGGCGCCUACGUGUCCGUGGCUCAGCAAAUAGAGCAGUUUGAGAAACGGACCCCCACCCGUUACCAUCGGCACAGUCGCCAGACCCAAGAACGAGGACCAUCUCCAGUGAAGGCGAACCACCUGAAGCUCACGCAGCCUCACUCCCCUGCUCUGAUGACACGUCGGAGAGGUCGACUGCCCACUGUGAAGAGCAGAGCAGAACAGGAGGCUGAAGAGUUGGAAAAGCUUCAGAAGUUUAAAAUCAAGGCCCUGGAGCUGAACAAGAAGAUACUGGAUGGUGCUGAGGAGCUGAAGAAGCCACCAGUGAAGGAACCCACCGUACCCGAAGGCUUUGAACUGGAGAUUGAGAAAAGGCUCCAGGAGAGACAGACCAGCAAGAAGCCCCAGGAAGAUGAAGAAAAGCCUCACAGCUUCAAAGCCAAGCCAAUGCCCAAGAGCAUCAUGGAGGGAGUUGUGGGACUGCCAGACAAGAAAGUGCAAUAUCCAACCGUGCCAGAAUCCCCGGCGUUUGCCCUCAAGAAGAGGGUUCGUAUGGAGCGCAAAGUUGAAGAAGUGACACCCCCGUCCCCAGUGAAGGCCCAUGCGGCGCCUCACUUUGGCCUUUCAUUCCAGCCCCGGCUCCCAGAAAACCACCACGUGGAGGUCUGCGCGUUCUCCUUCGAUGAGCGGGAACGAGAGAGGCUCGUCUUGAAAGAGAAGAAGCUGGAGGAGAUGCGAAAUAAAGAGGUCCCGCACUUCAAAGCCCAGCCACUGCCGGACUUUGAUGCCGUGAACCUCCCUGAGAAGAAGAAGCUGGAGCCCACGAAACCGGAACCCUUCAGACUGCUCAUAGACCAACGGGGAGCUGUGAAGAGCAGCCGCUGGGAACAGAUGGUAAAAGAAGAGCAGAAACAGCAAGAGGGUGCAGCGAUAUUCAAAGCCAGGCCCAACUCGGUCACUCAUAAAGAACCUUUCCGGCCCAAGAAGGACAGCCGACCUGCAGUAGACCUUCAAUCUUCUACAGUAGUGGAACCCUUCGAGCUGGCGACGGAGCGCCGGGCCCGGGAGUGGCAGGAGUACGAGCGGCUGGCCGGCGAGAAGGAGGUGCUCAGGGCACGCAUGGAGGCGGAGCAGAAGAAGGAGGAGGAGCAGAAGCUGAGGGAGGAGAUAGCCCAGCUGCGACAAGACCAGGUCCACAAGGCUCAGCCGAUCAGACACUAUAGACCCGUGGCGGUGCUGAAGAGCGAGGUCCCUCUCACUGUCCCGGAGUCCCCAAACUUCUCUGAUCGGUUCCGACUGUGAGCAGCCGCCUGCUUUGCUUUUACGAUUUUUGAGAUUUUACUCCUGCUCUACUCCCUAUGUAUUUUUUAUGUUGUCAAAUAAAAGUCUUGUUCUUUUUUCUUUUUUUGUGGUAAUUUAGUCAAAUCUGCCACAACUUUAGCUUUGACUUGUUUUUGUUCCAAAACUUUCCAAUAAGUACUUUCAUUUUGUACUAAACGUUGUAUAAAUAUGUGUAAAGUUUUUGUGUAGUCAUUAAACCAUCUUU